GGCUGCAGCCCGGGGCAGCGCGCGCGCCCGACGGCGGCUGCGCUGCCCGCCGGCUGGCGCAGUUCGGCGGCCCCAGGCGGUCGGAGCGGGCUGUCCCGUGGAGAGACAUGGAGCUGUCGACAGCGGUGUGCGACACUCCUGCAGACAGUGGCCGCCCUGAGUGACACCAUGAACGAGCGGCGCGGCGGCGGCGGCGGGGUGCCGCUGCCCAUCCAGCUGUUCCUCUGGAGGCAGACCAGCCCAUUUAUACGACCGAAGCUGGGAAAACUUCAUGAGGCAACAUGCGUGUAUUGUCAAAGAGCUCCAAGUCACCAUGAGAUGAAGGAAGCCAGCAAGUGUCUGGAGAAGGUCCUGGUGCAGAACAUUCUGUUCGGCCUGUCGCCGAGUCUGACCGACGCCAUCAAGUCCAUCUCGCGCUGGCGGCUCAUCCAGACGGCCUUCCCCUACGUGGUCCACUGCGCCGCCAGCCUGCUGCACAACCGGCGGGAGUCGAACCUGCAGGGCCUGGGCGCCGUGGACACGAAGCUACUCUACACACUGCACUGGAUCCUACUGGACGCCGCCGAGGAGUGUCGAGACGCCGACCUCGAGCAGGGCAUCAUCAACAGUUCGCCGUUCCACUACCUCUUUCCCAUCACUAGCAUACAGGCGUUCAUCUACCUAUUCACACCUCUGAUGCACUCGCUGAAGGAGUCGGACUUCACCAACUUCCGGCUGGAGAACGGCCUGAAGAUUUGGUCGGCGCUCUGGGAGUACCGGCACCCGGAGGUGGCGUGCUUCACGGCCACGGCGCGACCACGGCCGGCCGUAGCGCCGCCACGCCGCGGCCGCCGCGCCGCCCAGCAGUUCGGCGAUGUGUUUAUGGGCGGCGGCAAACAAGGUAAGGAACCGGCGCCUGGGACCGGUGGCGAGGACCCCUCUCGAGCGCCAGCUCCAGCCGAUGAGGGGGCCGACCCCGGUCCGGCGGCGGGCUGGACCGCUCGUCAUGAGCCUCCCUCCGACCUCGGCUUCAGUUCCGACCCACAGCCUGCCUCCAAAGAGGCGUCGCGAUCCAGCUCUUCAGCCACCACCCCGCGCGAGCCGCACGCCACCUCGUUUCCCGAAACGAUCCCCGAAGAGACGUCUUCCAUUGAAGAGGAGCACGUUAUGAUCUUCCGUCUCGACUCACUACCAGAGGAAGAAGACGAGGCCCAGAGACGACCCAAGGUCUACAAGGUCCCUUCUCGAAUGCUGAGUAGGCAGGUCGCAGAAUCUCGACCCAGUCCUCAGGAAAGCUUCCGUACCGCCGAUAAAGGGAGCAUGGAGCAGGUGGAGUCUGCCUCCUCGCGGGCCAGCCACAACCCGCCGGCGGCCGUCGACCUCACGCUGGCGACAUUCACCGACGUGGCCGUGCUACGCUGCCUCUUCAUCCCGCAGUGGGUCGAGGAGGGCGUCUUCUGGGCCGUCCAGUUCCUCUUCUACCGGCUGCGUGAGAUGACCAACGAUGGCACUGAGGAGGAUUUGCCUCGAAAGAGGAGCAACUCGCUGCCGGUGCCGAAGAUCGAGGUCUCCCUGUAUCAGAGUCCGGAGACGAAGCGGCGAGAGGCGGCCAGCCGGGACGCCCCGCCACCAUCCCCCGAGCCCAAGUACUCGGGAGAGUUCAUGGCCUCGCCGACGGGCGGACCGCUGCACAAACGAUCUGCCAGCGAGCGCGGACGCAAGGGUAAGACCCGGAUGGCUGACUUCCGGGCGUUCGUCGAGACCAAGCUGAAGUCGCGGUCCCAGACGAUGCUGGAGAGACUGGCGGGGGACGGGCGGCGCGGCUCGGCCUCCGGAAACUACCCGAACUCGACAUCUCAGUCGGACCUGAACGAGCCCGAGUCGCGAGCACGUUCCUCCAUGGACCAGCACCGGGAGCACGGCGGCAGUUUUUCGGCGGCCGACUCGCAUCAGUACGACCCUGUGCUCGGCCAGAACCUCGUCAAAGGGAAGAGCAUGCCCAGCCUCAGCUCUAUUGUAGAAGAGCUAGGGUACAUGGGCGUGCCGCAGAUGGCGCAGCCGCCCAAGACGCUGGCGUCGCGCAUCGCCAGCGUGCCGCACCCCAUCAUCACGGUGACGCAGCACACGCCGUCGCCCACGCCGACCCCCUCCGUGUCGGAGGAGGCCCGGCCGUUCCUGCGCGACCUGACGCGCCGGCCAGUCACGCUGAACCGCAGCUACUCGGACUCUGACGUGUCUUACAGCGCCGAGGAGCUGACCGAGGCCGCCGGAUCCACCUACUACAUCAACAAACACGGCGGCAUCGACCUCGUCAUGCUGCUCAAGGGCCUCCACUCGGUGGUCCUGAGGAACCGGCAGACCAACACACUGCGCGUCACCGAGGCCAUCGUCAGCCUGCUGGAGAUCAUGCUGUCCAUGGACGUGAUGCUGCUGGACCGCGAGGAGGAGCGUCAGGAGGGGUCGGCCGCCGCUGCCGGAAGCUCCGGGGCAGCCGCGACAGAGGAGACGGCCGAGCCCGAGCGGGCCAAGGCCGGCUUCCUCGUGCACUAUCUGUACAUGGAUAUACUGGUCAGGUCUUUCAAGCACAUGGGCUGUGCGCACGGCUGCCGAGAGGGUUACCGCGGCCCGAGUGCCGAGUUUCUGCGCUCCCAGGCGCAGCUUCUGCUCACACGUCUGCUGAAGAUUGACGAGCGCAGUUUUAAAAAGUACAUGCGGGAGCUGUCAUCUCAGUCGUCGAUCCACGAGCUGAUGGAGUUUCUGCACUCGUUCGUCGGCUGGUGCGGCGACCACGGCCAAGCGGCAUCGCCGAUGAACCAAAAGCGAACGUCCGGAAAGCAGGCUGACAGUGCCCACCAGUUCGGCUACGCCACCAACUUUGGCGCCGUCCGCGGCACUGCCAGCGUGCGUGGCGUCGAGGGCCAGAUGAUCGGCAUCAUCUUCGGCGAGUACAUGCGCCGACUGGUGGCCAUGUCGCGGGAACUCCGCCUGCCCGAGCACCUGGCCCUGUACCACGACGUCCGACAGUUUGUGGUAUACGUUCGCGACAACCACGGCUGCAUCUUCAGGAAGGUGCUCUUGGCUGGCUUUUUCGACUCGACCGACCGCAAAAACGUACAAAACACAAUCAUCACCACCAAAGUAGUUCGGCGCAUCCACAUGAUGGCCGAGCCCGGCUCCAGGGAAUCCCCGACCAACUACUACCAUACAGAGGACAAGGAGGAGCGCGAGGAGAGAGGACACAAAAAGUCCUUCUUCAGGAAAAAGGGCACCGUGGCCUCGCUGUCCUCAGUGAUACGGAAGGCACCCAGCGUCCAGAGCAUGCUGGACGCGGAUGGCGACGAGAGCCCACCGGGUCCCAGCCCGGCGUCAACCAUCCGCAGAAAGAACCGCCACUCGACGCGGGCCGCCGAGGAGCCGCGCACGCGCCGUGUGUCCCGCUUCGACGGCGGAUUUAAAAGAACGUCCCUGUUCCGCCGGGAGGUGACCGGUCGCCAGGGCUCGGAGGAGAGCACGGAGGACGGCGAGGGCUCUGACCGGAGCAUUCGGAGGCAGUCGGUCUACCGCGCCAUCCGAUACAACCGGGGAGGUCUGAGCCUAUACCGAGCCCGAAAGAGAAUGGAGGACCAGCUGAGCCGCAUCGGACUCGGCAGAAACCGGAGAAAGGAGGGACUGCAUGAGGACGUACCAGACCGGAGUCGGCACAACUCGUGGGACUUUGACGGCUAUCCACAGAGUCUCGAGUACAUGAUCGUCAAGGAAUGUCGACUGGUCAACACCACCGCUGUCCGGAACGGCAUGAAAAUACUGAACCUGCUGAUGGAAUCAGCCCCGCCGGGCAGUGUACCGGACGCACCUAUGGUAGCCGCCGCCUUCUCCCUGCCGGGAGUGCCGGUGGCCACCCGGGCCUGCUUCUACCUGGAGUGCGCCCACUUUGUGCACCGUUGUAACAAGGGCCUGUGGCCGGCCUGGAUGAAGCUCAACCUGCCGCUGUUCAGAAGCUCCGGCCCACUACACAGCAAACCGGUGACGGGCGCCAAGCGGACGCACGUGCUGCAGCGGGCCGCCGGCAAACUGUUCUACCAGUGGGCCGAGGCGCUGGGAUCCCGGCUGGACACAGUGCUGAGCGACGGCCAGCGUCCGGGCGAGGGUGGUGGCUGCGGAGGGGAUGGCCGGCGGCCGGCCGACAGCGCUCCCCUGGACGACGCGCGCAAACGGCAACUGCGGCUGGACGAUGACGAGGAGGAUUUCCUGGAUGAAGCCAGCGUCAACCCCACCGGUCGCGAGUGUCCGAUGGCGCUGCGGUUCGCCUGCUGCGUGCUCCUCUACGAGAUCACUGCCUUCAUGCGCGAGACGUACCCGCUGCUGCCGCGCACCUUCCAGCCACCGCAGCGCGAGCGGGCGCCCAGCAUGCUGGGAGGUUCACUGGGCGUGCCGGCCGGCUCGCGCCGCUGGAGCACCGCGCUCAGCAGCAUGGGCUACUCGCAGACGUCAGCGCAGAGCCUGCAGUCCAUUAGCGGCGACCACGUGCCCAUCAGCAGCGAGCGAAAAAUCAGCUUCGUACUCCAGGAGCCGGACGACGUCAGCCUGUGCUCCAGUCAGAACACCAUCAUCCAGGAGGAGUGCUCCCGCACAGCGCGCAUCGCCGCCGGCGCGCGCAGUCACCUGCUGAAGCGCAGCGGCGGCCAGGGGUUCUUCAACCCGAGCUCGAGCAUCCGGCGGCGGUCCAUCAAACUGCGCCGGGCCGGCAAGGAGCGCGACCCGGACGCCGAGUCCAUCAAACGGGCGGACAGCAUCAAGUCGCGGCGCAAGGUGUCGGCCAUCAGCGACUGCAGCGCCACGUCGGACCAGCACAGCGGCGAGGAGUCGCCCGGGAUGCUCAGCGACGAGCACCUGGCCGACACGCCCAGCGACGCCGACACGGACGACUUCACGGUGCCCGAGCACCUGCCGUGGCUGCGCGUGGCCACCGAGAUGGUGACCGGGCUCAGCUACAGCUGCCGCCACCAGCAGUUCUGCCAGCCCAACUGCUACAAACGCCUGAUGCGGGCCUGCAACAGGCUCGUCAAGGCCGUGAAGACGGUGUACGAUGAGGACCUGAGCACCAGCCCGUCCACCGAACACUCCAAGGGCAGUUCUCGUCAGAGCAGCCACAAAGACCGCUCCCGGCUGAAACGCACCGACGCCAACUCCCAGGGCAGCCCCAUCAAACGAAAGGAGAGCGUCGGAAGGCGCGAGCGAGACAGGGUGGACCGUGUGCCGGAGGGCGUGUCGGGUCGGCUGAACACGGGCAGUCUGCACUUCUCCCGCGAGACGCUCGACUCGGACGUGGAGCGCGGAGGAGCAGACACCAGCUCCCUCAGCGGACCGGACCGGCGCGCGCCCAAGGAGGAGCCGCCCAUCGUCAAAUACAUCACCUCCCAGGUGCACACGCUGUUCCACAUCCCGCUGAACCUGCUGGCCAAGAGCGCCGUGGUGCUGUCGGAGGACGUGCUGUUGCAGGUGCUGCCCGUCACCUGGGGCCUCCUGCUGGACACCGAUCACGAGGUUGCGAGUGCGGCGGCGACCCUGUGUAUACUAUCGGCGGUGAAGAUACCGGGCUUCACCAGCGACAUCCUGAUGCGCCACCUGCAGCACGACGACCCCACGGAGCGGGUUAACGCCAUCCUCAGGUUCCAGGCGCUGUGGCGGUUCCGCUACCAGUGCUGGCCGAGGAUGGAGGACACGGCGCACCUCGGCUUCAAGGUCCCCCCGCCGGGCAUAGAGUUCACCCUCCCCUCACCCAAGAUCGGCAUCGAGGCUCUGCCCGUGGUCGACCCCUCCUGGAUGCCGCAGGUGAAGAGUAAAGUCGAGGACGUGACGCUGAAGGAGGAGCUGCACUCGAUCGUGUCGGCCGGCAAGACGCGGCGGAAGCAGCAGGCCGAGCUGGUGCAGAUCGCCCUGAAGAAGGAGGAGGAGAAGAAGCGACUCGACAGGGAGAACUACCGCAUCAGCACGGUGCCCGUCACCGGGCAGGCGGCGCACGAGCCCAGCUUCUACCACGUGGCUGGGGACGAGCAUGACGAGGGGAAUUUUGAGCUGCGAUCAUCGGCGCUAGGCAACCGGGCGUCGGAAGGAAACUUCGACCACAUAAUGAGGUUUUAUCAGCAUUGUUACCAGAUCGGAGCUGCCGACGAGGAGCCGACGGACGUGCUGCGCGGCUCGCACACGCAGUCGGCGCCGCAGAUGUUCCCCUCGUGUCUGUGCACGGCCGCCACCAGCAUCAUCGCGCUGCUGGACGACACGGCCGUCACGCCCGACGGCAUGGCCGUCUACUGCGUGGCGCAGCGGGUGAUCUGGAAGUGUCUGGUGGAGGACAGCGCGCUGUUCCUGCGCCACUUCCUGGAGAAGCUGACCCGCGAGCGGCAGGAGGUGAUGCUCCAGUACCUGAGACGGCUCAUCCACACUUUCCCGAUGCUGCCCGCGCAGACGGCGUUCGCCCUCUACAACUACCUGGUCGGCUACAUCAUGUUCCAGAUCCGCUCCAACUCCGAGUUCGCCACACAGAACAUCGCCAACUCACUCACGCUGUUAUGGCAGGUUGUCCCCGGUAUCCAGGGAAUAUUGUUCAAGGACUUGAAGCAAAUCUUCCGGAAGGAGCAGUGCGACGCCACGCUAAUGUUGACGGCCAACGUCCCGUCCGCCAAGCGAAUCAUCGUACAUGGACCUCAAGGUCCGGACGCCGGCGGCAUUCCGUCCCAGUUUCCGAUCCAGGAAGACACCCAGUUCUGUCAGAUUCUGACUGAAGCACGAGAAUUCUUCAGCAUUCCCGAGCACGAACACAGGUCCUACUUUCUGGUGGACCAUAAGACAGGCGUGAUUCACAACCCGAAGGCGUACGUGCGAGAUUUCUACUUCUUCAAGCGGUCGCAGUACCCGCAGCUGAGCUUGAUCCACAUCGAUCCAGAGGAGGCCUACAACGCCAUGCAGAACAACGUCUUCUACCUGAAACUGCUGGAGAUCGGCAAAACGCUGAAGAGCCUGGCGAUGCUGAUGAGACCGGAUCAGGUGGCUCAGCGAGUGUUCUUCCUCCAUGAGGAGCUCACCAAGCUACCAGCGUUUCCUCGCAAGGCUCUGGAGACGGACUUCCACUUGUACAAAGGAGGACACCUGGGAAACGAGCUCAAGUGUCUGGACAGCAUGCACAAGCUGAUCUGGGUGAAGAUGAUGUCGCGGAUGUUCGAGGGCAUGGCGGGCAACUUUGCCUACUCGGGCGAUAUCCACCUGUUCAUAAACGUGGUGAACGGGUGCCUGCUGCUGCACUGCGAGGACAGCGCCAUGCUGCGGCUGGUGAUGGCCACCUACAUCAGCGCCGCGCACCAGUUCAAGAACGUCUUCUCCAGUAACGGGUACCUGCUGAUCAUGCCGACGGUGCUGCAGGUGUACAGUAACCACCAGUCCAACUCGCUGCUCUGUCGUACCGUAGAGUUCAUCUGCAAACAGUUCUACGUGCUCCACCGCAAGCCGUUCGUGCUGCAGAUGCUCGGCAGCAUCGCACCCAUGCUCGACCUCAACACAGACCUGCCGUUCGCAGACGCCAACAAGAUUCAGCCGGACACGCUGUUCAGGCUGCUCAUCUCUCUGGAGACGCCGUCUCCGGACCCGCUCAACUGCAUCGAGCUCGUCUCUGUCGAGAAGCCGCUGCGCGCGCUCGACUUCUGCUACCACGAGGAGACGGACGACGUCACCAUCAUGGACGUCAUCAGCCUGUGCGUCACCGUGGUGGCGUACGCGGCCGACAGCCGGCGAGCCCACCAGAUGCUGAACGUGCUGGAGGCGGUGAUUCCCUUCUACCUGCGGCACGUGGAGCGCAUCUCCAGCGUGGCCACCACGGCGGGCCCGAAGGCAGAGCUCAAGGGCGAGAAGGAGGUCAUCCACCAGCUGGCACUCUCCAUUAAAACGCUGCUGCACAACUGCGAGCCGCUGGCCAAAAACUACACCGGUCCGACGCGGGGCAGUACAGAGUUCAAGACGUCCAGUAUGAAGACGUUCACCCGGACAGCGGCGCAGGAGACUCACAACGCCGCGCUGGACCUGGACGAGGACUCGCACUCGCGCAUGUUCGUCAGCGACACGAGGAGGACCAACUUCAUGGAGCGCGACAUGGAGGACUCGGAGGUUCUCCGUGAGGCGUUCCGCCGUCCCCGGGACACGCUGCUGAACAUUGUCGCCGAGUUCCUCUCGCGCUGCUCAGCCCGGCUGCACGAGCUCAACAAGAAGCCCGGAGCCGGUGUGGAGACCAAGCAGGUCGAGCUGUUGGAUGCCAAGUGCCACAGCCGUCUGGCCGAGAUCGCCCACAGCCUGCUGAAGGUGGCGCCGUACGACCCGGAGACCAUGUCCUGUCGCGGCCUGGUCAAGUACAUGAACCAGAUCCUCACCUACCCAGACUGGUCUCAAGAGGCUCUCAAACCCACACUCAUCAUCAUCAUGCGACGGCUCGAGAAAGUCUUCACCAAAAUACUCAAGAAGAGCUUCAUCAGGCGUCACACGGACUGGGUGGCGGCCGCCAACCUGCUGAAGGGCGUCUACACGACGCUCUGCAAGUACCCGUACAUCGCCCACCUGCCGCCGCUCAAGGCGCUCAUCCUCGUCUGUCAGGCGCUGGUGGUAGGCGAGAGCGGGGUCACCACCGCGGGCGAGGGCGCCGCCGCGGACUCGGCCGCCGCCGUCCACUAUCCGCCGCCGCAGCACUUCGCUUCUACCGUGGUCCGGCUCAUUGCCAUGCAGAUGCUGGCCCAGGGGGAGGCCCACUCGCUGGAACAGGUGUGCGGCGGCAGCUCCGUCUUCCCCAGCGCCGAGAAGACCGAGAACAUGCUGAUGAACCUGCUACUACCGCUCUGUCUCCGCGUCGGCUGCGGACGCACUGACGUGCCCAAGAUGCGCCAGGCGGACAUCAGUUUCGCACUGACGGUGAUGCUGCACGCGCUACAACCGCCCGCGUCCACCAAGGUAGCCGCCGCGGGAGCGGGCGGCGGCGCCGGCGCCGGCAGUGUCGCCAACAAGACCGAAGCCGGCCUUUUCUCCACGAGCGAGACACGCGGCCACAGCACCGUCCGACCGUCCAUCUACUCCGUGGCAUUCCUCGGUCUGAAGAUACUUCUGAUAUGUUUUGAGAAGAAUCUGGCCAUGGACUGGCACCGGGUGGCCCGCACGGUUCAGGAGCUCGGCCAGCAGGGCUGCGGCGGCCUGGCGCUCUGGGACUUCCUGGACUUUGUCGUCACCUACCCGACACCCGUGUUCGUUCUCCUGCUGCCCUUCAUCGAGCAACACUUGGAGUCGCCGACAUACGACUUCGCUGACGAGGUGCACUUCAAGCAGCUGAUCAGGGAAAAGCUGGCCGGGAACCAGGAGGAGAUGCCCAGGAUCAAGUCGAAGGGCUCGGUGCUGAUGGAACUCGCACACGAGAUGAAGCUGGUCAAAGAGGAGAUCGCCAACUCAAAAACAGGGGAUUUCGACCACCGGAAGUCGGUGGUUGUCGACCUCCAUAGCGACUUCCGUUCUCGCCUGUGGACAGGAUCCGUGUCGGAGGGACCCAAAUCAUCCAAAGUCUCGAGCCAGCGCUCCCUGCACCGCGACGCCAGUGUCAAGAGCGAGAACUGGCCCCAGCCGGCCGGCCAGCGCACCAUGCGCGUGUACUCGAUGCGCUCUCGGGGCGCCGUGGAGCGCUUCCUGCGGCGGACCAGCUACGCCGGCUCCGAGGACCGGGCAGGCGUCAGCGACUCGCGAGCCGCCACCUCCGAGCCACGCCUCUACAGAAAGUCGUUGUUUGUAAUGCGGAAGCGCGGCUCCCGGCCCAACGCAGGCGACUCGGACACCACGCCAGGUGACUCUGCGACUGACCUCGACCAGGCGCUGAGCAAGGGCUCCACGGAGGAGGGGUCGACCGCCCGCCCGCACCGACACCGGCUGCAGCGCCAGAAGGCGCAGAGCAGGAAGACGUUCCGCUUCAGGAAGAGCCGCAGGGGAAACAACUUCGAGAUGAGCGCACUGGACGACCAGAAAAGCGCCGGCGACGAGGACCCCGAGGUCGGGCCCGAGCAGAUUGCCGCGCAAGACGACGACGACGACGCGCCCUGCGAGAUCCCCGAGACCAUCGACGAGGUGUCGCUGCCGAUGUCUCCCCGUCCCCGUCCGCGGCCGCCGCUGUCGGAGUCGGCGGCGCCGGCGGUGGCCGAGCAGCCGCCGAUCCUGAGCGACAUCAGUCCGACCAGCAGCAGCGCCGCCUACCGCGAGAGCCUGUGGCUGGACGAGGCCGACCUGUGCCAGCUGCAGACGCUGCGCGAGUCGACGCCGAGCCAGGGCAGCCCGGGCACCACGGCGGCGGAGGUGAGCAGUCUGCCGGGCGACCUGUCUCCGGCCAGCGGCUCGCUCUGCUCGGACCACACCGAGCACACGGCGCUGCUCAAACCGGCCGCCGUCACCGCCACCGCCGUCACUGUCUCCGGCGGCUCGGCCACCUCACUGGAGCAGCCCACCAGCGACCAGAACACGCUGAUCUGAGCGGCCGGCCAACCAGCGACCAGAACACACUGAUCUGAGCGGGCGAUAGCGACCACACGCCCUCAGCUGAGCGGGCAAUCAGAACACUCAAUCUGAGAGGCUGACCAGCGACUGAAUUAAUUGGUUUGAGCGGCCAACUAACUAGAGGCCAAACAUCGAUCUCAUGAGUCGAUCAGAGAACAAGACACCCUGGUCUGAGCGGCCGACCAGAGACAAAACUCCAAACUCAUGGGCCGACCAGGAAACAAAACACUGAUCUUACGGCCGACAAGGGAAUAGGACAUGCUGGUCACAGCAGGGCGACUUAGGUCAUAGACCAUUCACGUUUGACCACUGAACAUCCACAUCUUAAAACUCAACCUUGACCAGACGUCGCCCUAGGGCUGUCAGAACGACCAACAUUUUCACAAUAGGAGGGGACUAAGAGGUUGUCAUAACGGUGGUUAAUGACUUGGGAGACUAGCGAGUUCAGGUACCUAUGUCUGUGGAAAGUGUGAGUUUGGUGCUGUUCAAUGGAUCGUCGCACGGUACGGCGGUCCCGGGGCCAUAGAGUGAUAGACUAUCCGGCCAGUGUUGCUGUCGAGGCCGGCUCUAUCGCCUGGUCAAAGGUGUCUGUCACGGAUGGGCACACGUCCCCAGCACGCCGAGAAGGUGCUCCAGCCAGCCGGAUAUACCCGGGAUACGGGAGUACUGUGCUGAGUUUGUUGGGCGCCAUCGCGCCGCUCGGUGUUGGUUCUCAGUGUGCGAGCACAAACAUUUAUGACUGAUGUUGAACAAUGCUGGAGUUUAGUGAGAUAUCUAUGUUAGUGAAGUCGUGAACGUGUCUACUGUCCAGUUGUGUCGGAAAUGAGCAGCUAUGUUCAGCGAAAUGCGCUUAUUUUAUUUAGCUGAAGUAUAUGCUGAGCUGUUAUCGUUGUUGGGCGUUAGCGGUGAGUGAAAAUGAAUGUGCCAGUCAAUGUAGCUGAAGCAAUGUUUAUAAGCAUACAUCAUGCGAUGUGCUCUCGUUGUCAGGCCAAAUAUCGUGCGAUGAACAUGAUACGCCAUCGCGGUUUUUGGGAGGAGAGAUUAUCGUCCCGAAUGAACUGCCCGUAGCACCUAUGAGAAAAGUGACAAAAGACUUAAAUUAUUGUAAUGAUAUAAGGAACACAAACAUUGCGGCAAAUGGUGUUCCUAUCUCUGCUCGGAAUUAUCCUGGAUUUUGUCUGUACUAUCCCAUGGUAACUGUCGGCUCUGCAUGUAUACUGUAUUACUGUGUGGCCAUUCUGCCGCGCAGAUGUAUACACGAAAGUCUUGAGUGCCAAAAUGAGAACAAAAACAAGCGUUCUCACCAUAUCUAACGAGCUACAAAAAUUAAAAAAUGUAUGCAUCGUUUGGAGACAGAAAAUGGUCGUUGAGAAUAAAACUUGAAUGAAAUGAUAUGCGUAUUGUCAAUAAAAUAGUCAUAAAAACGA